UUUGCAAUCGACUGUUGCUAGUUUCACACGGCCCAUCACCGCCAGCCUCUUUUCGGGCGAAAAAUAUCAUUUUCGUCGGGAGGACCUAUAGCGUAGGAGAAAAAAAUCUUUCGCCCGUCAAUUAUGAGAUAGGCUCGAUCGAAAUUCAAUAAUACCAUGGUGGACUGCCUGACGCUUUGCAACACCAGUUGCAUAACCUGCAUUUGGUGCCUGUUACUCUCCCAUUGUUUCCCGAAACACUUCAACAAUUUCGACGACACAGACUCGAACAAGUGCACGUUCAAACCGAUUCCAAAGCCGAAACCCUUCCAGAGUAAUUGCAAGCGCAGUUGCAAAGUCAAAGACUGCAAGCUUCGACGACGUCCUCGAUCGGCCGAUUUUCCCGCAAAUUGUACGAAUAAACAAAACGGAAACGGUCACCAUGAAAAAGAUCAGCUAAUAUGGGACGGCAAUUUACGAAAGCUCACCCCUUGCGAAAGUCGUCAUACGUCCGGCGACGUUAAAAGCGGCAAGUACAAAUUAUCCAUGCAGCAGCAGCAGCAGCAGUAGCCGAUGCAGCGAUUCGGAUGAACGAUUUUUUGCACGAGAUAUGGACAAGCGUAUACUCGUAAUAUCUGCGGUUUGAAAAGUUGCGAAUGAAUAGUGCAUUGUGAGACCUCAGCCUGGAACAAUAAAAUUAUGGCAAAUCGAGUA